AAAAAAAAACACAUUUCAGCUUUGAAAGUUUUGUUUUUUGUAAGUGAAUUUGUUUGAUUGCAACGGGUUGCGGUUGAAACUAGAUAUUGAGACGUUUUUGGCAUUACGUUUCAUUAUGGAGAUAAUAGUUAUGACUUAAAAAUGUUCGAUAAAAACUGGACAUCGAUCACCAUGUGUAACAAGGAAUUCUAGAGAGUGUGCUGGAAAUUGUUUUAUUCUAACAGAUUAGGAAGAAUUCUCGGGAAAAGGAUAAAACUUCUGGGUGUCGACUUUAUUUUUACGGGGCCGCGCUUAUAUGAUGAGAGAAGCUUGCUGAUUGAAGAAUAAGAGUCUUCAAUAGUUAAUGUUUAUGGAACCAAAGUACAUAUUUCGAGGCUGUUUAAAUUUGAGAGGCUGAUUUAUGUCAGUGAUAUCCAGAUAUGGGAAAUGGAGAGUCAACAUAUGAGGAUCCUUAUGAUGACUUUCAGCCACCUUCUCAUGCGAGAAGUUCAAUGGAUACUUACCAUCAACCAUAUAAUCCUCAAGAUGAGUUUCAGCAUCAUCCUUCUUCUCAUGCAGGAAGUUCAAUGGAUACUUACCAUCAACCAUACGAUAAUCCUCAGGAUGACUUUCAUCAUUAUCCUCCUUCUCAUGUAAAAAGUUCGGCGGAUACUUACCAUCAGCAUAAGCAGCACCCUGCAUACAUAGCUGAUAACUUCAGCUCUUUGGAUCAGGUUAUAUCUGCAUUAAGAGAAGCUGGGCUUGAAUCAUCAAAUUUGAUACUUGGUAUUGACUUCACAAAGAGCAAUGAGUGGACAGGAAAGCAUUCAUUCAACAGGAAAAGCCUUCAUGCAAUUGGUAGCAUACCUAAUCCAUAUGAGCAAGCAAUCUCUAUAAUUGGCCGCACGUUGUCUCCUUUCGAUGAAGAUAAUUUGAUACCUUGUUUUGGGUUUGGCGAUGCAACAACACAUGAUAAACAAGUGUUCAGCUUUUAUACCGAUCAACGACAGUGUCAUGGUUUUGAGGAAGCACUAGCACGUUAUAGAGAGAUUGUUCCAUACUUAAAGCUGGCAGGUCCAACUUCAUUUGCCCCAAUAAUUGAUGUGGCAAUUGACAUUGUGGAGAGAACCAAUGGGCAAUAUCAUGUUCUAGUCAUUAUUGCAGAUGGACUGGUUACCAGAAGUAUUGACACGCCACCUGGAAUGUUCAGUCCACAAGAAAAGGCAACUGUAGACUCCAUAGUUGCUGCUAGCCAAUAUCCUCUCUCGAUCAUUUUGGUUGGAGUGGGGGAUGGACCAUGGGAUGCAAUGCAGCAAUUUGACAAUAACAUUCCACAACGGUCAUUUGACAAUUUCCAGUUUGUCAACUUCACAAAAGUCACGACUGAGAACACAGAAGCAUCAAAGAAGGAAACAGCCUUUGCACUUGCUGCCCUCAUGGAAAUUCCAUUUCAGUACAGGGCAACGCAAAGACUAGUCGAUAGAGGGUCAGUGGCUGCUCCACAUACAAGACCUCUUCCGCCCCCACCUGAAGUGAUUGAACAUGAUAAUGAAGUCAAAUCAGUCCCAAUUGUGACGCACUUUAAACCAGUUGAGGCUUCAGCUCCAGAGGAACCAGUCUGCCCCAUUUGCCUGACAAAUCCAAAGAACCUUGCUUUUGGAUGUGGUCAUACGACUUGCAAGGAUUGCGGUGUGAACCUAUCAUUGUGCCCCAUGUGUCGGGAGCCCAUAACAACACGCCUGCGACUCUUUACUUGAUUGCUUUCCUCGGUAUUUACGAGGACAUGAAUAAAAGUCCUACAGCAACACCAACAUUGUUCUGUUGUUCAUAACUUUCCCAUUUGUAAAUAUUUAAAUUGUUUAAAACUAUAUAGAACGGGCUGGGGAUGCUAUGUCAGAUUUUAGAACCAUUUGUUCAUGAAUAAUUGAUCCUAUAAAGGUUAUAUAUAUACAUGUUAAUUUUAUGUUGA